AAUGGUUCAAUUGGUAAACCAAUGAUACGUGAAGGCCAGGGACUGGACAUCUUUGUCCGGCGCAGCCUAAGAGAUGUUUUUAAAAAAGUCCCAACAGUUUCAGUUGAGGUUAAGAUUGAUUUCUUGCAUGCUGUGAUAUCUGACAAAGAAUAUGAUAUUAUUGUAAGUUGCACAACCAUGAAUUUGUUUGAGGAGCCAAAGCUACCUCCAGAUUUCCGUGGCAGCAGUUCUGGUCCCAAAGCUAAAAUGCGUCUACUGGCUGACAAAGUUAACUUGAAUAGUCAGAUGAUAAUGUCACGUACAGUUACCAUACUGGCUGUUGAUAUCAAUUAUGCUCUUCUCGAGUUACGUAAUAGUGUUAAUGAAGAGUCACCAUUAGCUCAUGUUGCGCUUGAAGGAUUAUGGGUAUCCUACAGGAUGACGUCACUAUCUGAGACAGACUUGUAUGUGUCAGUUCCUAAAGUUUCUGUUCUUGAUAUCCGUCCUAACACGAAGCCUGAAAUGCGAUUGAUGCUCGGCUCAUCAGUCGAUGCUUCCAAGCAAGCUUCCUCUGGAUCUUUUCCCUUUUCUCUGAAUAAGGGAAGCUUUAAGCGAGUCAACUCUAGGGCUGAUCUUGAUUUUGACGCACCAUGUUCAACAAUGUUGCUGAUGGAUUAUAGAUGGCGAGCAUCCUCUCAGUCAUGUGUUUUGCGGGUUCAACAACCUCGUAUCCUAGCUGUUCCUGACUUCCUUCUUGCGGUUGGUGAAUUUUUUGUUCCAGCUUUGCGUGCAAUAACAGGAAGAGACGAAACAUUAGAUCCAACAAAUGAUCCAAUCACCCGAAGUCGUGGCAUAAUUCUCUCUGAGCCUCUCUAUAAACAGACGGAAGAUGUUGUGUACUUGUCCCCGUGUAGACAGUUAGUAGCAGACUCAUUAGACAUUGAUGAGUAUACUUAUGACGGAUGCGGAAAGGUAGUAUCUUUGAGUGAGCAAGGAGAGAAGAAUUUAAACAUAGGACGAUUAGAACCCAUCAUAAUCGUUGGACAUGGAAAGAAGUUGCGGUUCAUCAAUGUGAAAAUUAAGAAUGGACCGCUUCUGAGCAAGUGCAUUUACUUGAGUAACGAUAGUAGCUGUUUAUUUUCUCCGGAAGAUGGUGUUGACAUCUCAAUGUUAGAAAACGCCUCAUCAAAUCCUGAGAAUGUGCUUAGCCAUGUGCACAAAUCAUCAGAUGUUUCAGACGCUUGUCAAUAUGAUUCGAAGUCUGGUCAGAGUUAUACCUUUGAAGCUCAGGUUGUUUCUCCUGAGUUCACCUUCUUUGAUGGUACAAAAUCAUCUCUGGAUGACUCCACUGCUGUAGAAAAGCUUUUGCGAGUGAAAUUGGAUUUUAAUUUUAUGUAUGCCUCAAAAGAAAAUGACAUCUGGGUUCGAGCUUUGCUAAAGAACCUGGUGGUUGAAACUGGUUCUGGUCUUAUCAUUCUUGAUCCAGUUGAUAUCUCCGGGGGAUACACUUCUGUCAAAGAGAAAACAAAUAUGUCCUUAACCUCCACUGACAUAUACAUGCACCUUUCUUUGAGUGCUCUUUCUCUCCUACUGAACCUGCAGAGCCAAGUAACUGGGGCUUUACAAUCUGGAAAUGCUAUUCCUUUAGCUUCAUGCACCAACUUCCACAGGAUUUGGGUUUCACCGAAAGAAAAUGGACCGAGGAACAACCUCACAAUUUGGAGACCGCAGGCUCCUUCAAACUAUGUCAUAUUGGGAGACUGUGUGACGUCAAGGGCAAUUCCUCCUACACAAGCUGUAAUGGCAGUAAGUAAUACAUACGGGCGUGUGAGGAAGCCAAUUGGGUUUAAUUGUAUUGGCCUGUUCUCUGUUAUUCAAGGUUUAGAAGGGGCUAAUGUUCCACAUUCCCGUGAUAGCAAUGAGUGUUCCCUCUGGAUGCCUGUAGCUCCUGCAGGAUACACUGCUAUGGGUUGUGUUGCAAAUUUAGGAAGUGAGCCACCAGCUGAUCACAUUGUUUAUUGUCUGAGGUCUGACCUUGUAUCUUCCAGCAGUUUCUCUGAGUGCAUAUACACUGUGCCCUCCAGUUCAUUAUUUGAGUCUGGAUUGAGCAUGUGGCGUGCUGAUAAUGUUCUUGGAUCAUUCUAUGCUCACACUUCAACUGCAGAACCUUCUAGACAAUAUAGCCCUGGCCUCAGUCAUUGUCUUCUUUGGAAUCCCCUUCAGUCGAAGACAUCUCCAUUAUCUGACCAAUCAUCGACAAGUGGAUCUCAGAGCGAGCAAACAAGCGACCAGACUGGAAGUUCAUCGGGAUGGGACAUUCUCAGGUCAAUUUCUAAGGCAACUAGUUAUCAUGUUUCAACGCCUAACUUUGAGAGAAUCUGGUGGGACAAGGGUGGUGAUCUUCGUAGACCUGUCUCAAUAUGGAGGCCUGUACCACGUCCUGGAUUUGCAAUAUUGGGUGAUAGCAUAACUGAAGGAUUGGAGCCACCUGCACUUGGUAUACUCUUCAAAGCAGAUGACUCUGAGAUUGCUGCAAAACCUGUGCAGUUCACUAAAGUCGCACAUAUUGUGGGGAAAGGUUUUGAUGAAGUUUUUUGCUGGUUUCCUGUUGCACCUCCUGGUUAUGUUUCUCUAGGAUGUGUUCUCUCUAAAUUUGAUGAGGCCCCACGUGUGGAUUCGUUUUGUUGUCCACGGAUUGAUCUUGUUAACCAGGCCAACAUAUAUGAAGCCUCUGUCACGAGAUCUUCAAGUUCAAAGUCUUCUCAAUGCUGGAGCAUUUGGAAAGUUGACAAUCAGGCAUGCACUUUUCUUGCGCGUGCUGAUCUUAAAAGGCCUCCAAGUCGGUUGGCUUUCGCUGUUGGAGAAUCGGUGAAGCCGAAGACACAGGAUAAUGUAAAUGCGGAAAUUAAGCUGAGAUGCUUCUCCAUGACACUUCUAGAUGGUUUACAUGGAAUGAUGACUCCUCUCUUUGACACAACUGUCACCAAUAUCAAACUAGCAACUCAUGGUCGUCCUGAGGCCAUGAAUGCAGUACUCAUUUCAUCAAUCGCUGCUUCAACAUUUAACCCGCAGUUGGAAGCGUGGGAGCCGCUUAUAGAGCCAUUUGAUGGAAUAUUCAAGAUGGAAACAUAUGAUACUGCUUUGAACCAAUCAUCAAAGCCAGGAAAACGACUGCGAAUUGCUGCUACUAACAUUUUGAACAUAAAUGUUAGUGCUGCAAACCUUGAAACUCUUGGCGAUGCUGUUGUGUCUUGGAGAAGGCAAUUAGAACUUGAAGAAAGAGCGGCCAAAAUGAAAGAAGAAUCCGCCGUCUCUCGUGAGAGUGGGGUUCUUUCAGCUUUUUCAGCUCUUGACGAAGAUGAUUUUCAGACCAUUGUGGUAGAGAAUAAACUCGGCCGUGACAUAUAUCUGAAAAAGUUGGAGGAGAACUCAGAUGUAGUUGUAAAAUUGUGUCACGACGAAAACACUUCUGUCUGGGUUCCACCGCCAAGGUUCUCCAAUAGGUUAAAUGUUGCAGACAGUUCUAGAGAAGCACGCAAUUACAUGACUGUACAGAUUCUUGAGGCUAAGGGUUUACAUAUCAUUGAUGAUGGUAAUAGUCACAAUUUCUUUUGCACCCUACGCCUCGUUGUUGAUAGUCAGGGUGCAGAACCACAAAAACUUUUUCCUCAAAGUGCUAGGACAAAGUGCGUGAAGCCUUCAACUACAAUUGUCAACGACUUGAUGGAGUGCACUUCCAAGUGGAAUGAACUUUUUAUUUUUGAAAUUCCUAGGAAGGGAUUGGCCAGGUUGGAGGUUGAGGUAACAAACCUUGCUGCGAAAGCUGGAAAAGGGGAGGUCGUCGGGUCGCUUUCGUUUCCUGUUGGACAUGGGGAGAGUACGCUUAGAAAGAUAGCUUCAGUAAGGAUGCUACAUCAUUCAAGUGAUGCAGAGAAUAUAAGUUCCUAUACCCUUCAGAGAAAGAAUGCUGAAGAUAAACAUGACAAUGGGUGCUUGCUUAUCUCAACAUCUUACUUUGAGAAGACUACAAUACCCAACACACUAAGAAAUAUAGAAAGUAAGGAUUUUGUUGACGGAGACACUGGUUUCUGGAUUGGAGUUCGCCCUGAUGACUCAUGGCAUAGCGUUCGCUCGCUGCUUCCGCUUGGUAUUGCUCCGAAAUCCCUACAAAAUGAUUUUAUUGCAAUGGAGGUUUCUAUGAGAAAUGGAAGAAAGCACGCAACAUUCAGAUGUUUAGCUACAGUUGUAAAUGAUUCAGAUGUCAAUUUAGAGAUAUCCAUAUCUUCUGAUCAGAAUGUCUCUUCGGGAGCAAGCAAUCAUAAUGCAUUGAUUGCUGCAAGAUCUUCAUAUGUUUUACCAUGGGGAUGUUUAUCAAAGGAUAAUGAACAGUGCCUGCAUGUCCGACCAACGGCUGAGAACCCUCAUCAUUCUUAUGCAUGGGGUUCGUGCAUCGCGGUGAGUUCUGGUUGUGGAAAAGAUCAACCAUUUGUUGAUCAAGGGUUUCUUACUCGGCAGAAUACUGUCAAGCAAAGCAGCAGGGCAUCUGCAUUUUCUUUGAAAUUAAACCAACUUGAGAAGAAGGAUAUGCUUUUCUGCUGCCAGCCUUCUACUGGGAGUAAACCAUUAUGGCUCAGUGUAGGAGCAGAUGCGUCAGUUCUUCAUACAGACCUCAAUACACCUGUAUAUGAUUGGAAAAUUUCUAUAUGUUCUCCUUUGAAGCUAGAAAAUAGACUUCCUUGUCCAGUCAAAUUCACAGUGUGGGAAAAGACGAAAGAAGGCACAUAUCUUGAGAGACAACAUGGUGUAGUAUCAUCAAGGAAGAGUGCGCACGUAUAUUCGGCAGAUAUUCAGAGACCUGUGUAUCUUACGUUAGCUGUCCAUGGUGGUUGGGCUUUGGAAAAGGAUCCUAUUCCUAUUUUAGAUCUAUCUUCAAGUGACAGCGUGUCAUCCUUUUGGUUCGUCCAUCAACAGAGCAAAAGGUUUGUAACUCUAUUAACUCUUUUCUUUUUUCAGCUCUCAUAUUUUGAAAUUGUUAAUCCUUUAUGUGUACUUAUUACCCCAAAUGUUUGAUUAUAUACAUUUGUA